AUGUUUACUCUCAGAUAAAUUAUGACCAAUAUCUGCAUUUAGGUUAUGGGUAAGAGAUCAGUGGACUUCCAUAAGGUAACACUUAAAUAUUGUUAUUAAAUGAGUAAGCACCGGUUUAUUUCAGUAAUUACGGUUUCUUUUUCUCCACCUUUCCAGGUAUAUGAACUGCAGACGGACGUCCUCAAGAGAAGAAAUACUUGGUCUCGAACUAUUUGCGAUUGCUACCUGUUUUUUCUGAACGAAUUCGAAGACUUCAAAAGCCAUGCUGCUUCCAGUCACUAUCAUCAAUCUAUCGACGACGUCCAACCAAUGUCUCUUUGGAACUACCAUGCUUAUCACUUUGUCAUUUUGCCCAGUCACCGCCGCAAAAUGCCCCUCGGGCCCCUGGAUGUUCUGUCCCUUUACAACUUCCAGAAGACGGCAAACGUGGUGGUCUUUCAGCCUAAGGAUGACUAUGUGCUAGUUUGGUCACAUGAGCUCUAUAAACAAGGUUUAGGUUUGAGAUACCUCGGCCUGUGGAAAAGAGGAAUAUUUUUCGGCCGUGCUCCGCAGCUUUUCGAGACGGACCUCAAAGACUUCGAAGGCGCCCCGCUUCGAAUAGCGACGUUUGAUCACCCUCCAAGUGUCGUGUAUGCUCUUGACGGAGAUGGCAACAUCGUCAGCCGCUUGGGCGUUGAUAUGCAGAUUGUGAAGAGGUUGGCCAAGGCCAUGAAUUUUACCCCCGAAUUUCUCGAAGUCCCUCACGACCAGCUUUGGGGUUACGAGCUUCCCAACGGUACCUGGACGGGUUUGGUCGGGAAAGUUUUCUAUGAGCACGCUGAUAUUGGCGCCUGCAACGUAUUUCUUGAGUUGCAUCGCUGGAAGAUGGUCGACUACUCUGUUCCCUAUAAUUUUGAGAGAGGUUGCUUCGUUGCCCCUUCGCCAAAACCGUUACUGAAUUGGAAAUCGCCCAUAUUGCCCUUUGCAUGGGAUACCUGGACUUUCAUUGCUGCGUCUCUGUUGGUUGGGGGAUUUCUUUUGUACCUGAUUGCCACUUUAAGCAUAAGCCCAGAAUCUCGGGAGUUUCACAGUCUCUCCUACGACUACCUUUACAUUACGGCUUCUUUGACAAUGCGGUCUGGCGACGUUGUUCCACUGCAUACGCCUCUACAAAUCUACAUAGGUUUCGUCGGUAUAUUCUCCCUCAUUGUAUCUACCGCUUAUUCUGCCAAUCUCGUUGCGUUUCUGUCCGUUACCCAGAUGUCGGCACCUAUAGACACACUUAAGGACCUGUCAGCCAGUGGCCUCAGGAUCGGGGGCGUAGCCUUUUGGAAAACCCAGUUCACCGCUUCCAUUGACCCUGUUGUCCAAAAUUUCGCGAACGUCCUGGAGAGCAACGUGGAUUUGAGCGCUCUUUUCGAUCGCGUGGAAGCGGGCGACUUCGCGCUGAUUGAGAACAAGCAGUACCUGGAACUUCAAGCAGGGGCUCGGUACACCUACGGCAGCAGAACGACCAUUCGCAUCGUUGGGGAGUGUCUCCUGCCCUACAGCAUCGGUCUCGCCUUCCAAAAGAAUUCUCCUCUGAAACAGGCCUUCGACGGGGUCAUCUUGCGAUUGUUCGAGUCGGGGGUCGUAAGUAAGUGGCAAAAGGAGGUCGUUGAUUAUUUUAGGCAGCAGUACAAGGAAAAAAGACAGCAGAGAGCAGACGAGGAAGGGGCACUGGAGGGCAGCAAGCCCCUCAAACUGGAACAGCUCCAAGGGGCAUUUUACGUUAUGGGUGUAGGAUACCUUUUGUCGGCACUCAUCUUCGUGGCUGAGGUCGUGGCAUCUUUGCUUUAAAGAUUUAAUUGCAUGAGAAUGGGAUGGUAAAAUAUAUUCACCUGACAAGGAUUGGGAUUAGAUUUAGAUUUUGUUUGCAACGGGAGAAAUAAAUAAUUUACUGCAUUU